GUUCAGUCCAGAAGCUCGGUACAAACAGACUGGAGUGUCUUUCCUAGGAAACAAGGGAUUUUUGUAUAUUAAGGACUCUCAGAAUUUUUAAGUAUAGAUAGAUAAUUUGAAGAUGAAUAUUCAAUCUUGUGCCAGAUGUGGCUAUGGGGUCUAUCCUGCUGAGAAGAUUAAUUGUAUUGAUCAGACCUGGCAUAAAGCCUGCUUUCACUGUGAAGUUUGCAAGAUGAUGCUAACUGUAAAUAACUUUGUUAGUCACCAGAAAAGGCCUUACUGUCAAGUACAUAACCCUAAAAAUAAUGCAUUCACAAGUAUUUUUGAGACGCCAAUAAAUAUGAAUGUGAAAAAGCAAUCUGAAGCAAUAAGUGAGGUUAAGUAUAGAGAAGAGGGCGAGAAAUUCAAGUCCGUUUUUCACUGGGAUGUAAAAUCCAGAGAUAUGGAAGCCACACAGAAAAUACAAAAAAUAAAUCAGAAAACCUACCAUGAUGUAUAUAAUGAAGGCAAAUCCUGGUAUACAGAAACCAUCCCACAGUUGGAAAUGAUCAAGAUAGCGCAAACACAGAAAGGUCUUAGUGAUGUGAAUUAUAACCAGGAAUAUAAGCAGCAAAGUGGAAAAGGAAGCUCUCCUGUUUUGAUGACUCCAGCUUAUCAGAUUGCCAAGAAGGCCUCCGAGCUAUCCAGUGAUGUGGAAUACAAGCAGGGACAUAAAGAACAUGUUUCCAAAUUCGGCAGUGUUAUGGAUACUCCAGAAAUACUUCAUGAAAAAGCUGGGGGGCAACUCAUGAGUGAUUUAAAAUAUCCAGAAGAGUAUGAACAACAAAGAGGGAAAGGAAGUUUCCCUGCUAUGAUAACACCAGCUUAUCAGAUUGCUAAAAGAGCCAAUGAACUUGCGAGCCAUGUUAAGUAUCACCAAAGAUAUGAAAAAGAGAUUAAGGGAAAAGCAAGUCAUUCUGUUGGCACGUUAAGAGAAAAUGUAGACCAAUUUAAUCAGGAUUAUAUGGACGAAUAUGAAGAACACAGAGGGAAAGGGAGUUUUCCUGCUAUGAUCACACCAGCAUAUCUAAAUGCUAAGAAGGCAAAUGAAUUGGCUAGUGAUAUUAAAUACAAGAAGGAUUUUUCAAAGAUGAAAGGAGCAGCCCAUUACCAUUCUCUUUCAGCCCAAGAAAACUUAGUUCUUAAGCAAGCCCAAGAUGUGAACAAGCUGUACAGUGAGGUUGAAUAUAAGAAGGAUCUGGAGAACAGUAAAGGCCACAGUAUUAAUUAUUGUGAGACACCUCAAUUCAGGAAUGUUAGCAAGAUCUCAAAAUACACCAGUGAUCUCAAAUAUAAAGAACAUUACCAGAACCAGAAAGGUCAUUAUGAAGGAGUUGGCAUGGACCGGCGCACACUGCAUGCCAUGAAGGUUGGAAGUUUGGCAAGCAAUGUAGCCUAUAAAUCUGAUUACACACAUGAUGAUGUUAACUACAAUUACCCAGUGACCCUGACUCCUUCCUAUCAGACAACAAGGAAGCUGGUUCCUCUGAAAGAUGUAAACUACAGGCAAAACAUAGAUAAAUUGAAAUACAGCUCUAUUACAUGCACACCUCAGAUCAUUCAAGCAAAAAUCAAUGCCCAGCAACUUAGUGAUCUGAACUAUCGAGCCAACUAUCAGAAAAACAAAACACAUUAUACUUUGCCUCAGGAUGUACCAGAGCUAGUGAAGGCCAAAGCCAAUGCAGAAUUAUACAGCGAGAUUAAGUACAAAGAAGACUGGCAGAAAAGCAGGGGCCACAAUUUUGAAAUGAAGUUAGAUUCCAGGUCUUUGCUUGCUGCCAAAGCUUCAGGAGAUCUUGCCAGUGAA